UUGAAAUUGAACGCAUAAAUUUACUCGCUCCUGUGUAGCCCCCCUCCAAGUGAGCGGUCGAAAAUGUUACUUUGCGGAGGCCGUAGAUUCAAUAUAUUGGCGCCACCAACCCCAUUCUCAUUUGGGACUUUCAUCAAACACCUUGCAACUCCUUCAAAAUCCUCAAACCUUUCACUCACCACAAAAUCAUUUACCACUAGCGCAAGCACAUAUGUCUUCAGCUCUUCCCGUUUUGAAGCACUAAACUCGCGUCAAAAAGAACAAGUGCAUCUCUACAUUGAUUCCCUCCUUGAAUGGAACCAGAGAAUGAAUCUAACUGCCGUAAAAGAGGAGAGUGAGGUUAUGGAAAGGCAUGUUGAAGACUCACUUUCAAUCAUAGAACCGAUUCGGACUUCGUAUGUUUCACAUUGUGGAACUUCGUCUGAGAAUCUCAAUCUCGUUGAUGUUGGAAGUGGUGCUGGACUUCCUGGAGUAAUUUUGGCCAUUGCUUCCCCUGGUUGGAAAGUGACUCUUCUUGAGUCUAUGAAUAAGCGUUGUUCCUUCCUGGAGCAUGUGGUUAGUGAGAUUGGUCUAUCAAAUGUUCAAGUUAAGAGAGAAAGAGCUGAGACGCUGGGGCAAGAUGUCAACUUCAGAGAGUCUUUUGAUGUUGCAGUUGCCAGAGCAGUUGCAGAAAUGAGAAUUUUAGCUGAAUAUUGCCUUCCUCUAGUCCGAACUGGUGGUAUCUUUCUAGCUGCAAAAGGUCAUGAUCCUCAGGAGGAAGUAGAUAGAGCAGAGAGAGCAAUACAACUGAUGGGAGCCUCUCUAUUGCAAAUUCGCUGUGUUGAUUCCCACAGUAAACAUGGACAGAGAACUGCCAUAAUUUGUUUGAAAGGUAAACCUACGCCAAAGAAAUAUCCUCGAGAUCCAGGAACUCCAGCUAAGAUUCCACUCUGAGAGAAAUGUUGUCUUACCUCCUUAUCUUCCAAUUGUACAGUUCAUGUAUGAUGGAGGGAAAUUUGUAUUUCAGUAUCCUUUCUCUCGAGUUUAGAAGCACAAACAUUGAACUCAUAGAUUGCUGGAAGCAGUACUAUUAGUACCUUGAGAAGGUACACCACACAGAUUUGGCUUCAAUUCUGUCCACUAAGAUGAAUGUAUAUUACAUCCACACAAUAGUUUUAUUAUUGUCUUCUUGCGGUUUUGAAUUAAACAAUUUUUGUAAAUAUCAUUGUCUUGACUAACAAAGACCUUAAUGGCCGCCACACUCACGUGCCAGUUGGUGAUUCAAUUUGUCAUGCAAUUUUUUAUGCUUUGUCUUUUGUGAUGUAAGCAGAUAGUUUCAGUUUGACAUA